AUGUUGGAAGAGAAUCAGAAACCUUGCAAACCCAAGACUGCUGAAAAGAAAAAUCCUGAUAAUCCUAAAGCUUAUUUAUUUUACGGAUCUGCUAUUGAUAAAAUACCUUUGCCAAGAGAUCCUAAGACACUUUGGGGACUGUUGCAUUACGAAUCACCGACGAACACGUUAGUUUUAAUGCACGAGAAAGCAUUGAAUUUAUUCAAUUUCUCAGCAACGUUUAGCCGAUUUAGCGACGUACCAUUCCCUCUAAUUUGGAUGGGAGAUUUGGAAUCUAUCAUAACUCCAAUGUAUUUUGUAAAUACGUCGACGAAAAAUUCGUUACUUACCGAAUUAGCACCGAUUUUGUUUUUACAGUCAGAUUCUUUUACAUCGACCCAGAGGGAUGAUUACGUGGAUCAAUUAAUGAAGUACAUAAAAGUUGAUUCUUAUGGUGCCUCGCUACAUAAUAAAGAGUUGCCAUUAGAUAAUAUGUAUUCAAACAAGAAAGCGGAAAGCAAUUUGUAUUUAUACCACCUAUAUGGUGAUGAGUUAUGUAAUUUUAUAGCGAGGUACAAGUUUAUAAUCACAAUUGAAAAUGGUGUUUGCAACGAUUAUAUGACAGAAAAGAUCUGGCGCGCGAUAGAAGUGGGUGUGGUUCCGAUCUACUACGGCUCGCCGCUGAUCAGGGACUGGCUGCCGAACAACAAGUCAGCCAUACUGCUGGAGGACUUCCCCACGCCGGAGCUGCUCAGCCAACACUUGCACUACCUCCUGAACAACGACACGGCGUACGAAGAAUACCUCGUGCAUAAGACUCAAGGCAUAAUUUCCAAUCAGAAAUUGAUCGAUGAACUGACAGUAAGGCCUUACCAAUUAAAACUUGAUGAGGUAGUCAAAGAAUUCGAAUGUUUUGUAUGUGAGAAGAUUCAUAAUAACAACAGUGAUGCCAACAUAGUAACGAAAAACCACUAUAAUUGUCCAAUGCCUAGAUCUGCCAUAACAUUAACAGAAAAUGUGAAUAAUUCUUGGGUUCCCUACAUUGCUGAUGCGAUGGAAAGGGUCAACAGAAUGUAUGAAGAGAUAGAAGAUGGUGAUUUAACACCACGGAAGUCUAAAACCAGUUGGUGGUAG